CUGCAUGACCAGAUCCAACGCUUCCUCUCCGAAUCUCACCCCGCGGACUCUCUCCUGGCCGCGGUGCAGAAGCAAACGCGCGUGACCCUGGACGUCUUCGCCGCGGCCCUGGACACUUUCCCGCUCGAGAACCUCUCCCUCUCCUACAACGGCGGCAAGGAUUGCCUCGUGAUGCUCGUUUUGUUUCUCGCGAAAUCACAACCCCAAACCCAAGCAGACACACAAACACAAACUCAACCGCAACCACAAACCUCGCCGACAACGACAGACACCACCAACAACAACAACAAACUCAACUCUCUGACCUCCAUCCCCGCCAUCUACGCCCUCCCGCCCGACCCCUUCCCCGAAGUCGAAGAGUUCGUCGCCUGGUCCGCUCGCCACUACCACCUCGACAUGGUCAAGUACACCACCGACCCGCCGCGCACCACCAUCCGCUCCGUCUUCGCCGACUACCUGGCCCAGCACCCGGCCGUCCGCGCCAUCUUCGUCGGCACUCGCCGCACCGACCCCCACGGCGCCCGCCUGACCCACCAGGACUACACCGACAGCGGCUGGCCCCAGUUCCUGCGCUACCACCCCGUCAUCGACUGGCACUACACCGAGAUCUGGGCCUUCAUCCGCCACCUCGGGCUGCAGUACUGCGCCCUAUACGAUCAGGGGUACACCAGUCUGGGCGGCACCGCCGAUACGCGGCCCAACCCCAAGCUGCUGCUGCGGCGCCCGGGGACGGAGGAGUCCGAGGCCGGCGGCGCGGAGCAGUCGCGGUAUCGUCCGGCGUAUGAGUUGACCGAGGAUUUGGAGGAGAGGUUGGGCCGCAAUUGA